UAACUGUCCGUCAAGGGGAGUGUCAAAUUCCAAGAGAGGAGAGAGAGGGGAGUCAGAGAGAGGGGCGCAAGGUUACAUUGCAAGGUCUUUGCAAAAAUGGGAGAUGAGAAGCCUUUCGUGUGCGGCGCUCCUGGUUGUGGACAGAGGUUUACCAAUGAGGACCACUUGGCAGUACACAAACACAAACAUGAGAUGACAUUAAAAUUUGGACCAGCCAGGACAGACUCUGUCAUUAUAGCAGACCAGACACCCACACCCACUCGCUUCCUUAAGAACUGUGAGGAAGUUGGUCUGUUUAAUGAGCUGGCCAGCUCUUUUGACCAAGACGAUGACGAAAAGAGGGCAAAGAACUCUCUUCCAGCUGCCAACUCCGUGGCUUUGGACAUGAGCCUGCAGACGCCGUCAGAUGUGAAGGUGAAGGAGGAGGAGGCGCCUGUGGAGGUCGAUUCCUCGCCUCCAGGAAGCCCCGAAUCGAUAUCUGGGAUGUCAGACAGCAGCCAAGACCCUAUAGUGACGGGAAAGGACAUGCCACCGAGGAAUUCGGCCCCCACCCCAGCCAUUGUGCGACCAGGUUCUCUUCCACUACACUUAGGCUUUGAUGCUCUUCAGCCCACCAUGCCGUCACCGACUUCUGUCAUUACACAGGCGCCACCUUCAAAUCGCACUUUGGGCUCGCCGACUAGUCAUUACCCAAUGAUGAUGCUGCCCGGCGGUCAGGCAGUGCCUGUGCUCCCUGGACCUGUGCCCUCUGUCAUUAACCUGGCCCGACCAAUGUGUAUGGUGCCCAACAUUCCCGGUAUCCCUGGUCCCCCUCUGGGAGGCAGCAGCAGCGGCUCGAACUCCCCCUCUGGCUACAGCAACCACUCAGAGGCCAAGAUGCGUUUAAAGGCUGCGCUGUCCCAGCAAAGCCCUUUAGGACAAAAUAUGGGCGUCAUGGCAAUGGGUAACAGUGCCAUGGUACCUCAAAAGAUGGAGCAAAGCCAGCUGCUGGUUCAACACCCUGAUGCUCCAUCUCCUGCACAACCUCAGGUAUCUCCAGCACAGCCCACAGGUGGGCGUCGACGGCGGACAGCGGAUGAUGAUCCAGAUGAGCGAAGGCAGCGCUUCCUGGAGAGGAACAGGGCGGCGGCGUCUCGCUGCAGACAGAAACGCAAACUGUGGGUCAGUUCCCUGGAGAAGAAGGCAGAGGAGCUCAGCACUCUAAACGUCUCGCUGUCGAAUGAGGUUUCUCUGUUACGGAACGAGGUGGCUCAUUUGAAGCAGCUGUUGCUGGCACACAAGGACUGUCCUGUAACCACCCUGCAAAAGAAGAAUGCCUACUUAGCUGCAGAAGAUGGCAUAAGAGACACUUCAGAGCCUACUGGAUCCCCAGCCCCAGUGAUUCAGCACAGUUCUUUGGCACCCAGCCCCUCUGCAGGGCAAAACGGCCUGAGCUCAAGGGCAGCAGCUGAAGCCAUGGCAAUGUCUGUUUUGGCAGGAAUGGGUCAACAACAGAGGGUUGAGAGUGGACCCUCUCAUGUAAUUAUGGCUGCACAGUCGCAGUCUGCCGCCAGAUGAUGAGCACUGCCACAGUGGCCAAUGCUGUGUUCGUCAGUCACCGGUAGAAAAGACUCCCCCCAGAUUUAAGUCCAAAUUUCACAUCCCACUAUUCCCCUUGUCAUUCUUCCCUCUGUUCAUCCCUCCUGCGGAGCCGUUGUGCUGUAGCCUGGAGCUCAGCAGCAGCCUUCUGGUAAUGGACUGAGACUUUAAAAGAGACCUUCCUGUUCAUUUUGCCACAGACUACAGGGGCUGGACUCCAGUAUCCGUGCCCUGAGCCUUCCUCCUUCCCUCUCCAAACCUCCCUUGUGGAAUGACUCCUCAUUAAGGGAUUGCGUCAAGUUAUUUGCCGUGAUAAACUUCCCAUUCAAACACAAAUUCUGCUUUUGCACAGCUUGAAACAUGUUACAUAACCAACCCUGGUCAGCUCAAAGCUGAAGCGACACCCAUACUGUUUUAAGCAGGGAAUAGUGCCUUGUGCUCCUGAACUGUUUAGCCAUGAUGACAGCCACAAAGUGUCCGGACUCUCAGAAACAUUUCUGUAUGUCUGUGGAUGAAGGAUGCUUGAGUGCACGAGAUGCUCAACUCUUAUACCCAUUUUGGCUUCUUACGAAUGGUUACACUUCAUGAUGGAAAGCUUACCUCAUUUACAACCAUUUAGGAUAAAAUGUUUUAACAACUGUGUGUGUGUAUGUGUGUGUGUGUGUGAUUGUAUAUUUAUGUGCACCAGAACUUGGCAAUAUACCUUCUCUCAAUCUGACGCUUUUCUGUCUGGGUGCUCGGCAUGGCUCUUUUCUAAUCGGGUGUUCUGUUCAGCCCACCGAUUUUAAAGUGCGUUUGAUUGUGACUUCAAAUCGCUAUUUUUAACCAAACCUAAGGGGAAAUGCGACUCAUCCAUCUCUAACUAGUAGCCUAAACAAAAACUGGGCACGCUGUUCAGCUGUUUGUUUGUCUUUUUCAAUUCUCACAAUUGUGUUUCUCUGUUGAGCUGGUCUUCAUAUAACAGUAACUGUUAACCUGUCUCAGGAUGGCUGCACGUCUUUGCUGCUUCACUAGAAUGAGCCUCUUGGUUUCACUCUUUACAAAAACUAAACCAAAAAAAGCCAUAUUGACACCAGAACAGAUCUCCAAAGAGCACCGCUUCUGUGUUGUGGGACAGUAGUGGCUAUGAACUGGUCAUUCAGUGGUUAUAAUAACACGGUCACACAGCAAUACAAAACUGCCUCUACCUUGCACUGUGAGAUUGUCACACAUAAAUUUGAUUUUUUUUUUCCUCAAAUAUUUUUUUUUGCCUUAAAAAUGACAGCGGUCGUUAAUAAAUAAUUACUAUAUUUGAAUACAAAAAACUUUGAAAAUAUAAUUUUUGUCUUUUUUUUUAGCUGUAAGGAAGCAAAAGACAAAAUUCUCAGAAAGGAUUCCUCAACUCUGUAUUUUUAACACAGUCCUUGUCUGUCACCUGGUGGAGAAACAGAGGAAAAAACAUUUUCUAGAUUUAAAAAAAAUGAAAGGACAAAAAUACUUGUAGCAGAUUUUAAUAAGAUUUACUGAUAUAAAAAAAACCCGGAUAUUAUAGUGUUGUUUUUUGUUGUUGUUGAGGCAAGUGGUUAGAUUUUGUUUUUCCUGAACAUUUAUGGCAUACCUUUAUCAAAUAUGAUCCCAUAUUUGCAAUUUGUAAUUGCUAAAGUAGAACAUUGUCUAUUGUCGGGAGGUUAUGUCUGUGUGCACUAAAGCAAAGAGAGCUGUAUGAUUAUGUUGCAGCUUCCCUGCCCUCUUGCUCUGUUUCGGAUGUAUCCUAGUCUUUUUCACUUUGUUUUGUACCGUCUUCAUAUUUGGACAUUUGUUUAGCAGCUUAAAUACCUUCAACUCGAUCUCUAACUGUAAAGUCCCAGCGGUGACCCCAGCAUUUUGUUGUACUUUGCUGGCACUAUAUUUAGCUGGCAGUCCCAUAUAAACUAUUGCUCAUAUGGAAUGAGAGUUCAAUUUAUAUUCAACAUUUACGUAUUUGUGUAAUUCUGUCAUAGGCACCUUUGUAUGUCUUUUUUUUUUUUGUCUUUCUGCGCUUCUUCAACUGUCAUAUAUCUUUCUCAUAGAGUUUUAACUGUACUGAAGAACAUAAACUAAUCUCUGUAACAGAGUUUUUUUUUUCUAUUAGAUGUUUGUUUGUUUUCUCUGAAGAAAAAAAUAUGUACCUUUUAUAAAAAUAUAAUCAGAUCACACCUUUUAAUAUGAUGAAUUUCAACUUGCUGCCUUGCUUAACUUAUUUUAUAAUUGGUGGAUGGGCAAUAUUCAUUUCAGGCCAGACCUUAAAAGAGCAGGUCAAUGAAAAAUGCUACAAAAUGUAAAAGUUGCUGCUCAUAACAAAUCAACAAUUUUUCACACUCCCCUUACUUGUUUGACUUCAGAGUACUGUGUACUGUACAUAUAUGUACUAUAUGAAUACAUUUACUUUUCCAUGCAUGUUCAAGUGAAAUACAAUGAACAUUUACAAUGCUGCAGUUUUAAUUAAAGAAACUACAUCUUGAUGGAAAA